GCCGGUAGCAUCUUCCAUACCCCCUACUGAUGCUCCGCCCUAGGAGAAAAAGGUCCUUAUAUGGCAGAACAUGGCGGGGCGCUUUGACUGGGAGACAAACGGUCUCGACAGAGCCAAAUUUGAAGCCCUUACGAAGCUGCUACGGCUGCGCUACCACGGUCAAGUCGGGGCCCCGACGCGUUUCGACGAAUCGCAUCUGUACACUCCAGACGAUGGUGAUCUUGCGUUGGACGACGCCGAUUCGACCAAAGUGUCAACGCUCGCCGACUUUGGCAGCAGCAGAUUGCAGAGAGCAUUCCUUGACAGACUGGCAGAGUUGGUGGCCAACGAGAAGGGCGGCCGCCAUGUUAGCGCUACCUUGAUGACCAACUCUCAUGAUGAAGUUCGAGUGUUCGUCGCUAGGAAUAGCAAGUUCCGUCCAAGGGAUGAAGCUUUUAUGAAGUGUACUGAGGCUCUGCUUCGGCGCAUUGCAGAGGGUCAAGACAUAAGCAGCCGGGACGAGCUUUGGGCUCUUAUCCUCAAGCACUACGAGGCGAGAAUCCACGACUACAUCUGCGAUCUCAGACAAGUACUCAAGCGAUAUAUGCAGGGAGAGCAACGGGAAUCCCCGUCGCAACUCGUUGCCCACCUGAGGGAACUGUGCGAUGCCGCUUUUGCCCAGUACGUAUCCAACACAGAGAAAAGCGAGGUGCUGGUAGCCCAAGCACACGAGUUGUACAAAACCUUCUCGGAAGACGAUUUUAGCGAGGUCUGGCCCUCCGGCUCCCGGAGUCUGAGGGCCUGCCUGGGGUUUUUAGGAAGAGUCCGGACCUCGUUUGGCGUUCUUGUACGCGCUGCGGAAAAGCUGCCGGGGAUAGCCACGAUUUCGAUCUCUACCGUCGGCUGCGUAGCUCCUCGUAAAGCCUCCAGUUCGGAGCACGGCCAAAUUUGGACGCUAGGCAGACUCUUUCAGCAUCUUGGAUGUGCAUUCACAGACGAUGGAGUCAAUGACCUCCUGGCACCCGAAGGCAAGCGGCCGCGGUGGACUAAGCGCAAGCUCGCGCAGGAAUUCGACAAGCUACAAUCAUCGACAUGGGAGGUCCACGCCGAGAUGCAAUUGCUGCAGCUUUAUAUCCACCCCCCCAAAAUCGGCAGCGUGGGCUCCUCAGCUGUUGACUACAUUGGCUGCAGCAAGAAGAGUUGUUUUCUAUGCUGGCACUUCCUCGCCCUCUUUGGCGGAGUCAAGACGAGAGGGUCCCACGGCAAACUAUACAACCUCUGGGGCCUUCCCGACUUUCAGGGGUUACCGAUGGCUCAGAUGGAGCAAAUCAUACGUUCUGUGAGGGAUCUCGAGUCUUUGCUUAGAGCCGAGAUAAAGAGUCGGGAUACCGUGGUAUUGCCCCAGGCGAAGGAAUCGACGGUCGGUGCCUCAACCAUAAGCACCGUCCUGCCAGGAUCGAAUGUGCCCUCGACGACUUCCAUGAUAUCAAGUUACCUGCAGAAUCAGCGAGCAAAUCUCCUUGUAAAAGCGUCGAGUUCAGAGGGUGCCUCAUAUUCGGACAACGAGACGGAGACAGAACAGUCCAUCACGGAAGUCGUGGCUACUUCAGGUCACUGUGGGGGUUCCGAUUGCGAAAAGAUAACGACACGGAGGUGCUCGCAUUGCAGCGGAACUUGGUUCUGCAGUGUCUCCUGCGAAGACGAGGCCGCUGAUCUACAUUUGUUCGCGUGCAACCGCCGGCCUAUUACAACGGCGGACCUUCUUCGCCGGGACUGUUUUCACGAUUCCCACCCCGAGGAUUCUCGGGUCCGAGAGGACUAUGGAUUUCAGCGCUGCAGGAACCGGCGUGAGGAGUCUAAACUCUUUGGGCUAUAUAUUGGCGUCUUCAACUAUCAGUUGGUUCCCAGUCAAGAAGUGGAUCGCUGGAUGACGCAGGGCAUACUUGCUGAUAAAAUCAUCGAGCUGUUCUCGACGCUACCAGAGAAUUGCCGCGGUGGCUACUAUACCUGGUUUCUCCGACACAGGCAUGUUCUCGAUGCUAGCAAGAACUCGACGCGUGAUGAAGACGAUGUGCACAACUACAUCCAAGAGCGAUUCCGCGAAGCCAGGGUUUAUCUGGACCCGGCGGAUCAGGCGAAGCCUAUCGAACGGCUCACGCCGUGGGCGAAACAAAACUGCUUCUUCUUCCUCACCCUUCUUCUCGACAGUACACACCCGCCACCUGUCAUGCGAAAUCUCGACCUUUGGUUUGACUUUGGCUACGUUGUCUGUUCAGAUGCGUACGACGAAAACAGCCUGUCAAAUCUCUAUCAGCGGCUUCUUUUCGGCAACAAGCUAGCCCAAGAACACUUUAGGAGUGUUGGCAUGGAACAUCUUGCGCCUCGGGAUAUUCCUGCUUGCACAUUCGAGGAGUUCUGGACCGCCUGGGAAGAGGGUUCGCUGAUGGCCCUCUUUGAACGAUACCAAGUCUCCCGAGUAGCUGACGGCUCGGCUCUGGGCGAGUUUCUGGCGUACCCCGGAGGGAACCCCCGGCCCUCCGUGUGGAGGCUAAGGCACUUUCUUGCCAUCGAGGAUGCUAAUGUCCUGACAGCCGCUCCGGAGAUUGCUGCAGCAGCGAUCGAGUAUGGAUUCCAACCUGAUCUGGAUGUUAGAACCAAGAUGGGCCUUCAUCAGUUUUACGUUGGUCUUUUUCGGCGCGGUGUGCUGCCAAGCAUAGUUCACGAGGCAAAAAAAACGGGAGCGCUGCAGAAGGUACCGGAGUGGGCUCUUACUGAUGCUGAUGAGCGUGUGACACGGGUAUUGUCGAGUUUGCCGUGUGACAGUGAGUUCGAGGGCCUACAAUCUAGCGGGGGUAGCCGCGGGGGGGAGACCAGGGGCUGGGGGUGUAUGGUCAUGUAAACCACCAGAUCACCAGGAGAUGGUUGGUUGGACACAGUGUUCUAGAUGCUAGAACGGGAUCAAACGCGGUCUUCAUUGUUUAUAUGCUCGACAGGCAUCCAAACGCCCGCUUCAGGAGAAAAAGCCAACUCGUAUUCUGUACAGCUUGUCCAACAUCCCACGACCCAGUCUUCAACUUGCACUUCUCACAUCCCCAACCUAAGAUCGAUCAGGCGUGCGUCCAUGGCACUCUGCCGGCAGGGGGGUUCUUCAGUUCCACAAAAUCCAACUUGACACUGUCCUUGAUAACGGGCGACAACAAU